CGCUUAUUUUAAACGGAAAAACCACGCACGCUUUAUUUCAAACCCUCUAUUUAUACUCACCCAAACACAACCCAUCUUCCUCAAACUCAAAACCAUUCAUUCUCUCACCAAAUUCUUCCAUCACCAUAAAAACUCAGAGUGCUCUUUACGAGAGUAUCUCUUUUCUUCUCUUCUCUCAAGUUCCAUUUUUACACACACAUACCAUACAAUACAUACAACAACAAAAAAAUAACACUACAUUUUAUUCAUUCAUUCAUUCAAUCUUCAUAACCUUAUUCUCCUCAAAUCAAACAUAGUUUACAUCAAAAACAUCAACAACAACAUGUGUGAAUCAAAGAUCAAAACAACCUUAAACGACCCAUUAAUUUCCAAAACAAAUUUUAACCAAAGAGAUAUGAUAAUUACCGAAACAAAAUCCCUUUUAGCAUUAGCUUUACCAACAGCACUAACAGCACUAAUCUUCUACGCGCGUUCCAUCGUAUCUAUGAUGUUCCUCGGUAAACUUGGUGACGUGGAACUUGCAUCAGGUUCAUUAGCUAUAGCUUUUGCAAACAUAACCGGUUAUUCUGUUCUUUCCGGUUUAUCUUUAGGUAUGGAACCUCUUUGUUCUCAAGCUUUUGGUGCUAACCGUCCAAAACUUCUAUCAUUAACACUUCAACGGUGUAUAAUCUUUCUCUUAUCAUGUUCCUUACCCAUUUCAUUUCUAUGGUUUAAAAUGUCUAGAAUUUUUCAUUUUUUACAUCAAGAUGAUAAAAUCACCCAAAUGUCACAAACUUUUCUUAUUUUUCUUUUACCUGAUCUUGUAACUAAUUCAUUUCUUCAACCAAUUAGGAUCUAUCUUCGUGCUCAAUCCAUCACCUAUCCGGUGACGUUAGCGUCGCUCGUCGGAACUUUUUUACAUUUACCUUUCAAUUUUUUACUUCUCAAGAGAGGGAUAUCUGGUAUAGCUAUAGCUUCUGCUGCCUCCAAUUUUUCAGUUCUAGUUGUUUUGAUUCUUUAUGUUUGGAUAAGUGGGAUCCACAUUGCCACAUGGAAUGCUCCCAGUCGGGAAUGUUUUACCGGCUGGAAGCCGUUGGUUAAGCUAGCCGCGCCGAGUUGUGUUUCUGUUUGUUUGGAAUGGUGGUGGUAUGAAAUUGUGAUAGUUUUGUGUGGUUUUUUGGUGGACCCCACUGCCACGGUGGCAUCUAUGGGGAUUUUAAUUCAAACUACUUCUUUGAUUUAUGUUUUUCCUUCAUCUCUCGGACUUGCUGUUUCAACGCGUGUUGGCAACGCAUUGGGAGCUAAUUGUCCGAGAAACGCGAGGGUUUCGGCAGUGAUUGCAGUGUUUUUUGCAGCAGUUAUGGGAUUUACUGCUGUGAUUUUUGCUAUGAUGAUGAGACGACGGUGGGGAAAGAUGUUUACCGGAGAUGAAGAUAUUUUACGGUUGACAGCGACGGCAUUGCCAAUUUUAGGUUUAUGUGAGCUCGGAAAUUGUCCGCAGACGGUUGGUUGCGGUGUUGUGAGAGGGACGGCGCGGCCGAAAGUGGCGGCGAAUGUUAAUUUAAGUGCUUUCUAUAUGGUGGGAAUGCCAGUAGCAAUUGGGCUUGCUUUUUGGUUUGAUUUUGGAUUUUGUGGGCUUUGGUUGGGCCUUUUAUCAGCCCAAGUUUGUUGUGCGGGCCUAAUGUUGUAUAUUGUUGGGACCACUGAUUGGGAACAACAGGCUCGUCGGGCUCAGUUAUUGACAUCGUUUGAUGAAGUGGAGAAUGGAUCAGACGGACUAAAAGAACCAUUGAUUAGUGGUUUGGAAAGUGCUUGAUGUUCAUUUCUUAUUUGGUGUAGUGUAAUAUUUUUAUUUUUUUUGUUUGUAAUUUUUUUAUAUUGAAAGAUAAAUGUGAAUGACUACCAUUAUAUUUUUUCACCUUUUCUUUUAGCUACAUGGGUGGAUAAAGGAUAUAUAUGUGGUGACUGUCUUCUUUUUGACAUUUAUCUUCAAUAAAAUUUAUUUCAAGUUAA